AUGUUUGCAGACCAAGUCUUCAAACUUUUGUCCUACAAACAAAAAACGGCCUUAUCAAAGUCUGCGGAACCCCCACCAGAACGAGUUGGAGACAAAACAUAUUUCAUGGAUGCUUCUAAUAAAAAUCUCACCUUUAUCCCACCUUCCAUCCUGGAACUUUGGGAACUGGAAGAAGCGCACUUGGAAAAUAAUGCACUUGAGGGAAUUUCUAAAGACAUCCGGAAUCUCACUAACCUAAAGAUUCUCUACCUGAACAACAACAACAUAAGAUUUCUUUGCAAAGACCUCGGGGAACUGACUAAUCUUCGAAGUCUGGACCUUAGCAACAACCCCCUGAUUCCCAGCACUUUGCCUGUCCUUUCCCAUCUGCGGGCCCUUCGACAGCUCCGGCUUUAUAAAAUCCACUUGGAGCAUUUCCCCAUCCAGGUGUGUAAAUGCCUGCACCACCUGGAAUUGCUGGGACUGUCUCACAACAGGCUGAAGGCUCUGCCCAAAGAAAUCGUCAACCAGACCAAAAUGAGAGAGAUUUACCUGAGGAAUAACCGAUUUGAAGACUUUCCCCAGGAGCUCUGCGUCCUUUACAACCUGGAGAUCGUCGACUUGGAGCAGAACCAGAUCGCGGUCAUCCCCGACGAGAUCAGCGCGCUCACCAAGCUGGAGAAAUUCUUCAUCGCUUCCAACUGUGUGACCUACCUCCCUGACACUCUGGGCAGCUGUAGCAAACUAACGAUCUUGGAUGUCUCCUAUAACUUCCUGCACAACCUCCCCUCGACCCUCAAAGAACUGACCGAAAUUACUGAGCUGGGUCUUUCGGGGAACUGUCUGGAGAAGGUGCCCAGGCUGAUCUGUAAGUGGACGCUGCUCCGUCUCCUGUACAUGAAGAGCACCUGUCUGAAAACCCUGCGCCGCUCCUUCAAACGCCUGCUGAACAUCACGCUCUUAGAUCUGAGCCAGAAUUACUUUGAUUUUUUCCCUAUCGAGAUCUGCUCUUUGAAAAACCUGGAGGUGCUGUCCCUGGAUGACAAUCGCAUUUGUCAGGUCCCUCCGGAGGUGUUCAACCUUGUCAAAUUGAAGGCACUUGGUCUAACUGGAAAUAAUUUCACUAUAUUUCCAGAGGAAAUCUUGCUAAUUGAAUCUUUAGAACAACUAUAUCUGGGACAGGAUCAAGGAACCAAACUGACCUACAUCUCAGAAAACAUUCUGAAGCUAACGAACCUGAAAGAGCUAUAUUGUGAAAAUAACAACCUUGAGUAUUUACCUGUGGGCAUAGGUUCACUGAGAACCUUACAACUGUUGGAUCUUCACAACAAUCAGAUUAGGGAGCUUCCAGACUCCAUAUGUCAAUUACAAGGUUUGAAGACACUGAUUCUUGAAAACAACUACUUGUCGGAACUUCCAGAAAAUAUGGACAGUCUAGAGAGCCUCGAGGUUCUCAACCUAGAAGGAAAUCCCAUGGAAGACCCUUCGGAAGAAGUGUGUAAAAUGGGCAUUCCAGCAAUAUGGAAUUACUUACAGGAAAAGAGAUUAAUGAAAGUUAUGGCCACUAAGAUUCAGGCUUGGUACAGAGGAGUGAGGGUGAGGAGAGAGUUUGAAGAAAUGUUAAAAAUGCUAAAGAAGGGAAAGAAAUCCCCCAAAGACAAGAAAGAAAAAGAAAAGAAAAAUGAAAAAGCAAAACCGGCACCCAAGGGCAAAAAGAAAUAA